AUGGCAACUUUUCCCUCAAAGAGACGAUUUCAUCUCUACCAACCAUCAAUACAGAUUAGUUAUGUCCUAUAGCAUUUGAAGCAUGUGUUGACCAAUCACAUUUCUGAGAUUUGACCACGACUGUCAUGGCAGCCAAUCUGAUUUCGAGAAACACAUCUUCGGAUCAAGCUUAUUCUUCGUGUAUUGCUUUGCAACUCUAGCAAGUGGUGAGCAGUCGGAUCGUUGCACAAUCAAAACCAAUCGAGCUGGACUCCCUCAAAUAGUCUACGAUGAAGGCAGCAAACGAGCCUGCCUAUCUGACCGUGGGGACUGAGGUCAGUGCCAAAUACAGAGGUGCCUUCUGUGAGGCAAAAAUCAAGACUGUUAAACGGAUGGUGAAGGUUAAGGUGAUGGUCAAAGGAGACACCACCUCGCAAGUUGUUCAAGAUGAUCAAGUGAAAGGACCGUUAAGGGUGGGCUCCACAGUGGAGGUGAAGAGUGCAGAGGGGAUCUGCAGUGAGGCAACCAUCAACAAACUCACAGACGCCAGUUGGUACACAGUGGUGUUUGACGAUGGGGAUGAGAAGACACUCCGCAGGACGUCACUGUGUCUGAAGGGAGAAAGACAUUUUGCUGAGAGCGAGACAUUGGACCAACUGCCCCUAACCAACCCAGAGCACUUUGGCACCCCCGUCAUUGGGAAGAAGGGAAACCGCGGAGGGAGGAGGUCAUCUCAGGCUCAUGCGGACGAUGACAAGGAGUCGUCUUCCAGUGAAGAUGACAAUGAGGACAGGAGGAGGCUAAACGAUGACCUGAUGGGUAAAGUGGCCAGUGUUCAGACUGGGACAGAGCGGACAUCCUGGUACCUGGCCCUGGUGAUAUCACCCAGCUGCAAUGAUGACUUGACAGUCAAGAAGGACCAAUGUUUAGUCAGAUCAUUUGCAGACUCCAAAUUUCACACUGUGGCAAGAAAGGAGAUCCAUGAAGUGAACAUGGACAGCAUCUCUAAAGCUGAGUUCUCACCGAGGAAAGGGUUGGAUGGGGCAGUGCAUUUCCUCAAGACCAAGGUAGUUCCUGACAGUUGGAAGAUGGACAUGAGUGAGAUUUUAGAAUCCUCCAGCAGUGACGAGGAGGACACAGAAGGAAAGGAGAGUGACGACGAUGAUGAGGAGGAGGAGGAGGAGGAGGAGAAGGAGGAGGAGGAGGAGGAGGAGAAGGAAGAUGCCAAUGAUGAGCCUGAGGAUGAGGCGGACCCAGAGGAGAGGGAUCACUUCCUGCAGCAGCUGUAUAAGUUCAUGGAGGAUCGAGGGACGCCAAUUAACAAGCCUCCUGUGCUCGGCUACAAGGAUCUGAACCUCUUCAAGCUCUUCAGGCUAGUCUACCACCAGGGGGGCUGUGACAAAAUUGAAAGUGGAUCUGUGUGGAAACAAAUCUACAUAGACCUUGGCAUUCCCGUCCUAAACUCUGCUGCCUCCUACAAUGUGAAGACUGCCUAUAGAAAGUACCUGUAUGGCUUUGAGGAGUACUGUCGCUCAGCCUGCAUCGUCUUCAGGACCAUCCACCACAGCGAGGAUCCGCCAGCUUCCCAGUCCCAGACAGAAGAGAAGGCCGCCCAAAUCCUUGAGGUGAAGGAGUGCCAGGGCCCAACACCAUCCAUCAAAACUGAGUCUGUUGCGGCCAUGGAGGACAAGCCUGCCCAGGAGGAGGCGGCAGAGUCGGGGAGCGAGAGCGACAAAGAUGUCUCUUCUCCCAGGGGGAGGAGACGGUGCACUGUGACCCCGGUCAAAGCUGAGGUGAAGGAGCCCUCAAAGCUGGAGAAGAUCAAAGAGAAGGAGGAGCAGAGUGGUGUGGGGGAGACCAGCGGAGAGGAGACUGGAGGUCCGAGAGACGGCACCAGGUCAGAUGGAGGGGACACCCCGGGGAACAGACGCAGCCGACGCCUGGAGGAGUCCGAUAAAGAGUCUGAGGACGAGGAGGAGUUGGAGGAUGAGGAAGACAGCGAGAGGAGAGUCGGAGAAAGAGGUGAGGACGAAGACUCUGAAGACUCCGUAACAGGGACUAAGGUGAAGGUAAAGUACGGUCGAGGGAAGACCCAAAAGAUCUACGAGGCCAACAUCAAGAAGGCAGAGAACGAUGAUGGAGGAGAUGUCCUCUACCUAGUUCACUACUACGGCUGGAACGUCAGGUAUGAUGAGUGGGUCAAAGCAGACCGGAUAAUCUGGCCUGUCGACAAGGGCGGAACAAAAAAGAAACAGAAAAAGAAAGUGAAGAAUAAAGAGGAAGGCGAGAAGGAGGAUGACAAGCAGGGGAAGCUGUGUGGCUUGAAGCGAGGUCGCCCUCUUCUUAGAACCACCUCCGCCAGCGCCAACCGCAGCGUCUCCAAGACCCCCAGCAGUGAGGGGCGCUCCAGCAGCAAGAGCAAAUCUGAUGUAUCAGCCCUGCCCAACGGAGAGGGUACCCCUCGCCGACGCACAAGAACAACCUCUGGGAUGUAUGACUCGGACAGGGAUUCUACCUCCAAUGAAGAAUCGGGGAACUCGUCAGAGGACAGUGAGUCAGAGGAUUCUCCUGAGAAGAAGCCUGCGUGGGCGGAGAGGACGGACCCCGCCACAGCCCGUAAGCAGGAGGAGGAGGAGGACCGGAGGGUGGAGAGAGGAAGAGCAGAGGCAGCAGCCGCCGCUGCAGCCCAGGUCGUAGCCCAGGAUCAGCCCCCCAGCAGCCCUCAGGAGAAGGAGCAGCAGGAGGACACGCUCCCUGAGAGGAGGGAGCCGGAGAAGGCUGCGGAGCAGCCCCAGGUGCCCCCCAUGACCCCUGAACCCGACAGAACUAAGGAGGAGGACCCCCCCACCCCGAAAUUCCCCAGGUCUAAAGCAGCACGUAGAAGUAACGUUUGCGAGCCAGAGAGGAACCCCAACAACGACACUGGCUCUGAAACGCCCACCAAAACCACCAUCACCACUCCCAACAACACUGAGACCGAGUCGUCUCCCUGCCCGCGUACCCUGAACAGGCAGGAUGAGCCCAUGGUGGUCCUUCAUUGUCUCCCAGCUGAGCACAUUCCCAGCAUCCCUGACCUUCCCACCAUGGACUCUGACACAGACUCAGCUACGGAGGAGGAGAUCUGCAGGGAGGAGCGAGGUGUGGCCAAGCGUAAAGCCACUGAGCAGAGGACGCCGGACAAGAAGGUGCGUCUGGACAGGAGGGAAGAGACGACCAAGAUGGCGUCGCCAGUCAGGCGGCCCGCUGACUCGCCAGCCAGGCGGCCCGCUGACUCGCCAGAGUGGAGGCUGGAGGCGGGGGGACAGAGAGGCGAGGAGCGCCUGACGCUAGCAAAGGGUAAAACAGAGAUGCCUGCCCUCACUCCGGAGGUGCAGUGUCAAAGUCUAGGAGAGGGAGGUGUAGCAGGAGGUCGACCCAGGUUGGAGCAGCUAGCCUCGGGGGUCGAGGAGGAGGUGAUGCCCCAGAUCGGCCCUGAGGCGCUGGUCUGUCACGAAGUGGAUCUGGACGACCUGGAUGAGAAGGACAAGACCUUAGCAGAAGACCUCCUAAUGAUGAUGAGUCAAGGGAAGGUCCAUGCUCCCCCUCCGUCCAAUGCCUCCUCCCACCAGACCCACAACAACCCUCCUCUGUCCUCGGGGGGCGCUGCUCCUCCACGGGUCUUCUCCCCCACCUCUGCCCCCAGCCCUGAUGAGUCUCACAGCACCAAGAGUGAGAGCGACGUCCCCAUCGAGGUGGACAGUGUAGCCGGGGAGUCUCAGGAGGGGCUUGGUGAUAACGAGUCGGCCAACUCAAACUGUUUUGAAGCUAGCACCAGCUCCAGCAACUCCAGCAUGUCACUACAGGAGAGGGACACCAAGGACAGAGGUCAGAAAAGGUUGAUGGACUGCCAUUUGAGUUCUUCUGCAAAGAAGCAGAAGCGAAACCAGAAACGGCCAAGCACAACAUCCAAAAUUGAUAAGAACGGAGCAGGGCACAGCAGUGACAGUGAGGACCUGGCUGUCAUGGACACCUCUAGUAAGCUGACUCCAGUGAAACACUCCAUGUCUAAAGGAACCCAGAAGCUGGUAUCUCCCAACAGUAAGGAGCUAGAGAAAUAUAAGCACAAGGACAAGCAGUCCUCCUUCCCCUCCCCUCGCACGUACAAGUGGACCUUCCAGCUCAAUGAACUGGACAGCAUGACAAGUGCUGAGAGGAUAUCCUUCUUACAAGACAAACUACAGGAUAUAAGGAAGUAUUACAUGUCACUCAAGUCUGAAGUGGCCUCCAUAGACAGGAGGCGGAAGAGGUUAAAGAAGAAGGAAAGAGAAGUGUCCCACACCACAGCGUCAACGUCGUCCGGCUCGUCAGACACUGGGAUGAGCCCCUCCUCUGCUUCUCCCACUCAGAACACUGUGGCUGUCGAGUGUAGGUGAUGACACGCCUCCUCCCCCAUGGCGACCACCUUGCCCAUCUCUGCCUGCCAGCCCAGCAUCCUGCUGCCUCCCUGGAGACACAGGGUACAUCUGAAAUGGCACCCUAUUCCCUAUAUAGGGAAUAUAUUUUGGCCAGAAGCCCAUGUCAAAUGACCAGAGACCCUGGUCAAAAGUAGUCUACUAUAUAUGGCAUAGGGGUGGCAUUUGGGACGCACACACGUACUGACACAUAGGAGCAAGCGGCCUAAAGCACUCGACUGCCCCCCUCAGUCUCCUUUCACCCCUUUAUCCUUUCUACCGUAUCCCGUCCACCACUCUCACUUCCUGCCUCGUAGUCAUUUUAGUCCACCUAUCACAGUCGUCAGGAAAUGGAUUCCAUGUGAGUUGAAUGUAAAGGAAACUACAAACCCAAGAUACUCCUAGCCAAACCCCGUCAGACUCUCCAUCCUUGGAACAGACCAUGGCACUUUUCUCCUCCCGCUCUGUCAGAACCACAGAAACAUAUAACCUCCUCUGGUUCCCCAAACGGGACCAAUCUGGAUGCAGUAAUGAAUCAAUGAUGUCCCAGACAAAUGCAAUGUAUGUAACCUACAAUGUAAAGGGUUCCUACCUAUGUUAAUAAUGGUCACUUAACCAGCUGGACAUGGUUUGCAAGAAGGUAAAUUAUGUUUGCUUGCACCAUCAGAACUGCCAAAGUACUAGUGUUACAGCAGAGUGCCCUAUUUUGGAAAAAUUUGAAAUUCAAUUGUGAAAGGGAAUGUAGUUUACUGAAAACUGCAGCUGUUGUCUUCCACUAUUGGAGUGUCAGCACAGAUUAAUUAUGCAAACUAUUUUUUAGUUCUUUUUAAGAAAAGGAAUUUAAAAAAAUAAAAGGUUUACAGUGGAACAAGAGAAUGAUUUCAGUGGACUAAUUUCCUUUGCGAGUGUAUUUUGCCGUUUUAUAUGUAAUUGCAGAGUUUUUAUUUUAGUAUGGAAAAUUUCAAAACUAUAUAUCACAGCAGUGAAGUUAUUUAAUGAAAGAUUUCUCGAACUGAAAUUGUGUAAAAUAAAGUCAUGGUUUGCUUUGUUAAAUAUAUUUAUUCUGUUAGUGGAGACUUUUGUAUUUUUUACAAUAUAGAGACAUGAACCUUCCACAGUUUGGACAAUGGGAAAGUAUAUUGAAAUAAUGUAAUGUGCUCAUCUAAAAGCAGACUGUGUUUCAAUUGGGGAGCUACUAUGCAGUAGAUACUGUGUACAAAACAUUAGGAACACCUUCCUAAUGUUGAGUUGCACCCCCCUUUGCCCGGGAAACUGUUGAGCGUGAAAAACCCAGCAGCAUUGCAGUUCUUGACACACUACCAUACCCCGUUCAAAGGCACUUAACUCUUCUUGUCUUGCCCAUUCACCCUCAAUGGUGCACACACACAAUCCAUGUCUCUAAUUUAAGGCUUAAAAAUCCUUAUUUAAAAACCUCUCAAUUGAAGUGAUAUCAAUAAGGAAUCAUAGCAUUCAUCUGGUCAGUCUGUCAUGGAAAGAGCAGGUGUUCCUAAUGUUUUGUACACUGAGUUUGUUUCCCCCCAUUUUCAAUAGAGCCCACUACUUUCCCUAGAUGUUUUUUGGGGAACACCAUCAUUUGAUGGCCUUCACUUUUUCACUUUGUUUCUUGGUACUUGUAUUUUAUUUUCAACAUGAGUUCUGACCAAUUAAAAGUUGCAUAAGAAGCAUGUAUGUUAAGCCCAGGGGUUUCCUAUGAUUUGUUUCUUUUGUACAUAUUGUCCAAAACCAUGUAUUUGAAAAAUACAUUUUACAAACUGUAAAGGAUGAUUUAUUAUUUUUAACCUCAUCUUUGUACCAGUAUAUUAAAACCUUUAUUUUUCUGUCAAGUUGGUAGAAAUGUUAGCACACAGUGUAUAUAUUGAACCCCGUAGAAGAGAAUGGAAGCAUUCAGAACAUUUUAAAAUGUUUGACUUGAUUUCAUUGUGAAAAAAAUGUACUUCUUAAAAUCGAAGUUGAUCUAGGGAUUCCUAGAUGAAGGUAUUAUGAUUCCCUGAGCAAAGCCAUUGUAUCUUUGUAAAAUAAGCAGAGCUCUCCAUUUCUAAUAAAAGUGUUUAAAUAUU